CCCCCCCCUAACAGAAUAAUAUUUUCCAACCCACUUCCAUUAAAGAGCCAGCACACUCCUUUGCGCCACUCUUUUCAUACUAUCUUCUGUGUCGAAAGCAAGGUUACGAUUUAUUGCCUCUCUCUUAACUGUAACGAGUUUCUUCACUCCAUCAUCCGCAAUCGUCCCCUCUCCCUCCAUUACGACUACCCGCAGUCCGCCCCCUAGAUUUCAGGAGGUGUCCUUCUUCGUUUGUAAGGCUGGAGCUGCUGGGCGUCGCUGCUUGGUCCUGCACCGUUACACCUGCCGGAAUACGCUCACAUUAGCCAGCCCUGAGCCUAUAUUUUCUUCCCCGGUUCUUUCGGUACCCUAUCUCCUUGCAUAGCCCUCGCCUGUUUCACUCGUCAUCAUUUCGGAUUUCCAUCAUCAUCACGGCCACUCCCCCACUCAAUAUUCUUUCCCGCAUUCAACCUCGUCAUCCACGAUAGCUUGCCCCUUUCCCGAUAACGUUUGCCGUUAGUGGGCUUCUAUAACAAUGUCACAAAACAGACCCGCUGCCUUCUCUGGCCUGCGGAUGGGAGGUAUGCAUUAUUUGCCUUGUUUUUUUCUUUUGUCUCUGAUUGCGAUGCUGAUAUUUCGCUCCUAGAGAUUAUUCGGGAGAAGGUUCAGGAUGGGUUGACCGGUGAGAUUCGGGAGAUGCAGUAUACACAGUGCAAGAUCGUAGGGAACGGCUCCUUUGGUGUAGUUUUUCAGACAAAAUUAUCACCCAACGGUGACGAUGCUGCUAUUAAGCGUGUAUUACAGGAUAAGCGUUUCAAGGUAUGAAUUUCGUUCCCCACAGGUUGCUGUUUGGGCCCUCGACUGAUCCUCCCGUUCCCAAGAAUCGUGAGCUCCAAAUCAUGCGUAUCGUGCGGCACCCGAACAUCGUGGAACUUAAAGCUUUCUACUACUCUAAUGGAGAGAGGGUGAGUGCUGUCGGGUGAUGGGUUUUUUUUGUUUUUUUUGCUCUUUUUCCACUAACAAUCUGCAGAAGGAUGAAGUUUACCUCAAUCUUGUCUUGGAAUUUGUUCCCGAGACUGUUUAUAGGGCUUCUCGAUAUUUUAACAAAUUGAAGACCACUAUGCCGAUAUUGGAGGUCAAGCUUUAUAUUUACCAGCUAUUUCGAUCCCUUGCAUACAUCCAUUCCCAGGGAAUCUGCCAUCGAGAUAUCAAGCCUCAGAACCUUCUUCUGGACCCCGCGUCCGGGGUUCUCAAGUUGUGCGAUUUUGGUAGCGCUAAGAUAUUGGUUGAGAACGAGCCCAAUGUCUCGUAUAUCUGCUCACGGUAUUACCGUGCGCCCGAGCUUAUCUUUGGCGCUACAAAUUACACCCCCAAAAUUGGUAUGCUUCCUGAAAUGAUCCUGGGGAACAAAUUCUCUGACCGAUCCCAUAGAUGUCUGGUCAACGGGAUGUGUUAUGGCGGAACUUAUGCUUGGGCAACCUUUAUUCCCUGGAGAAUCGGGUAUUGACCAGCUAGUGGAGAUCAUUAAGGUUCUUGGAACCCCUACACGGGAUCAGAUCAGAACUAUGAACCCCAAUUACAUGGAGCACAAGUUUCCCCAAAUCAAACCGCACCCCUUCUCCAAGGUACGUGUCUUUUUAUAUAUAUACUUUCUCUUUUUUUAGGAUUUCCCCACGAACAGAGCUCAUUUUUCGUUGUGAUAUUAGGUAUUCCGCAAAGCUUCUCCUGAAGCUAUUGAUCUGAUAUCGCGAUUGCUUGAGUAUACUCCCACUCAACGUCUCUCCGCGAUCGAGGCCAUGUGUCAUCCAUUCUUCGACGAGCUGCGUGACCCGAGCACUAAACUGCCAGAUUCACGUGGCGGACAAGGCCUCCGGGAUCUGCCCCGCCUGUUCGAUUUCAGUAGACAUGGUAGGUUUAAUUCUUCCAGGUUCAGCUCGGGGGUGGUGUCUUUUUUUGUUUCGUUUUCCUUUCUACAAAAGACAUGCUAAUGACUGUAUCCUAUAGAACUCUCAAUCAUGCCUGAGCUUAACGAGCGGCUGGUACCGCAUCAUGCUCGCCCUGCGCUAUUAUCUCGAGGUAUAGAUCUGAAUAACUUUGUCCCCAUGUCCAAAGAGGAGAUGAUGGCAAAACUGGAUUAAAAAUUCCCUUCUAUUAAAUUCAAAUUUCACCGUUUCCUUGCUCUCACCUUUUUUUUUUUUUUUUUUAGUUCUUCUCAUUCAUAUGGCAUGGCGACACCGGAUGCAAGGGCACAGAGAUUAGGUUUUUUUUUCUUUUUCUUUCGGAACGGCACAUGGCGAAUUGAGAAAUCUCCAUUCCCAUUAGAUGGAUUUGCUGGCAAGGGAAGGAAGGAAGGAAGGGUCAGCGAGGCUUUGUGUUUGCUCGCGGAUGUUGUCCUGAUGGAUCGACAUGAGCGUGUGUCAGGUGGUGUGAUGUUUACCC